UACGUCGAGUUUGCUUGGCGGCCAAGUUUGGGAUAGAGAUAUAAAAUCACUGGCUGUCGACUGUGAGGAUGUCCAUUUGUAUUGAAUAAAGCCUGACAAAUCCACCACAAUAUUGUUUGAGAGUAGUUCUGUCUUCCUCUCUCUUAAACUCAUCAUGAUCUCCUCGUUACAAUCUCCUCUUGAAGAUGGUCUACCUGUGAUUGACAUUUCACAUUUUCCCAAGGAAAUUGAGGGAGACCGUCUUCAAUAUCAUCCCGAGGUUGUCAAACUUGGAAAAUGUGAAGAAUGGGGGAUUUUCAGGUUAGUGAAUCAUGGAGUUCCGCAAGAUCUUCGGCAAAAGGUUUUGUCUGUUAGCCAGGAUUUGCUGUCGAUGCCUAUGGAGCUUAAAGACAGCGUCACAACUUCUAGUCCCGGAAGGAGUUACAGUCAUACCCCCGGGGUUCCGAUUACUUUUGAAUCAUUUGGCUUGGUCGACAUGCCCAAUCCAGAUUCAAUCCUUGAAUUGUCUCGAAAGAUAUGGCCGGAUGAAGGAAACUCAAACUUCUGUGAAGCGAUAGGUGCAUUCAGUUUACUUCUGUCAGAUCUUGCACAGAGGAUUACCAAACUCGUUCUUGUGAGCCUGGGUUUGGACGCUGAAGCUUUCUACCACUCUGAUUUCGAAAAAUGUACAGCCUGGUUGAAGAUAAACGGCUUCUCAUCUCAGGGAAAAUCUAUUGGAGAGGAGGGUCUGAUUGCUCAUGCAGAUCGAGGUUGGCUGACAAUCCUUCACAAUGAUGAAGAGGAAGGGCUUGAGGUACUAUCGAAAGAAGGGAAGUGGGUCAAUGUCAAGCCUUCACAAAACUCCCUUAUUGUCAACUUAGGGAUAAGCCUCAAGGCAUGGACCAAUGGUAGAUAUAGGUGUGCAGUUCACCGCGUGAUUUGUAAAGGCUGGGAGAAACGUUUAUCGGUUCCCCUUUUUUAUAGCUUUGCACGCGAUGCCCAUGUCUUGGCUCCAGAGGUGCUUGUGAGCGAAGACAAUCCACGACGAUAUAAGCCUUUUACUUUAAAUGACUUGCAGUCUGAAGAAUUGCGGAAAGAAUUAGAGGAAUCAUAGAGCAGAUAAGAGAAGAAUUAGGUGGCAUAUAGUGUGGUCACCACACCAAGGAGGUACAGUUGUCGCAGCUCUAGUGUCUUCAAAAUAAUUCAUACAAAUUUUAACAUUUGGAAAGAUCUGUUAUAGUUGGUUCAUUUUAUUAGUUGAAUGUCGUUUAGUAAUAUAAUGGUGAAAUGAGUGAUUUGUGAUGUUAUGUUUUUAAUGACAAAUUUGUUUCUUUUA